AGUGCUCCUUGGGUCUCUGAGUGCUUGGCUGACGGAGUUUUUGACCAUUCUGUGGCAUGGAAUGCAACCAGCAUGGAAGCAUCGUUUGUUGUUGUGGAUUCUGAGUAAGAUUUCUCACCCUCUGCUCAUGAUGGCAGUGGUGACCAGCUCAGAUGUGUUGGAUGGUAUCGUGGACAUUGAGGAGCUGCUCACCUGGAUCAGCGACGUGGCAGGUGCUCUCGAGGAUCCCCAGGAGAACCAAGAUGGUUCCAAAGUCAGAGAGAAAUACCUGAAGGGUGACCUGCUUCAGGACGAGCUGCUGGGGGAAGUAGACAGCCAGGAAAGAGAACAACUCAUUGCAUGGAUCAGUGCCACGGAGCCACAAAGCCCUGAUGUCUCCAGCAGCCCUGCCCCUCCUUGCUUCAUCGCCCAGCUCCCCGACUUCCCACAGUACAGCAGGAGGUCAGCGAGGAAGCACGGGCUGCUGCCUGGACCCCCCCGACCCACUGUGGGGGCUGCUGCCAUCCCUCGGGCAGCUCUCCGAGCUGCAGGGCCGGCCUUUGCUGCUGCCUGCUGUCGCACCACCAGAACUACCACUGCCGACCCUCUGGCUGCUCCUGCGCCUCCUUCGCUCCACCCUGCACAGCGCAUGGAUGUGGUAGAUUUCACAGUUGCUUGUUUUUUAAAGCAAUCUCUUAUGGGAAACCAUACAGAAAAACUCAGGUUUGUUUGAGCCCCUAUAAUUUCCAUGAUAGCUCGUUCUGGUGUCCAGAAGUUCGUACCACUUCCCAAACAUUGGCUGGGAAUGUCAGGGACAAAAUGGAGGUCAGCACUGGGGGCGUGCUGGGGACGUGCUGAGGACAUCCUGGGGUUUGGGGGAGGAGGUGGCGGAGGUGGCCAGUGAAAACGGGAAGAGAGUUUUGUUUUACAAAGAUGGUUUUGUUUAAUAAAAAUGUUAUCACGUGACGAGG